UGCCAGAUCGAGGGAAAUUUCCCUUUUUCGGGGAAAUUCUGGGGGGCGGAGGGAAAAAGGGAAAAUAUGCGAAAAAAAGGGAAAUUCCUAGGAAAUGUGAAAUAAUGUGCAUAUUUUCGUAAAAAUCUGCCAUAUGUCACUAUUUUUAGGUUGCAUUACUCGUUUUCGCAACAAAUGCUCUUGCAAAUCUGGGAAAUUUUGAUAAAAAAAGGGAAAUUUUCACCCUCCAGUAGGGAAAAUCUCUCGACUCGGUCUGGCAACUCUGGUGAGACAGAGAGAUCAGCUCGUGCGCGCAGGCUGGCAGUGGCAGCGGCGGCGAGCGAGACAACAGGCAGUCUAAAACUCGCAGUUACUCUUCGCACCACAUCAUAACGCAUCGCUCUGCGACCUGAAGCUGGAGUUUGAUUUUCUUUCGGAAAGCCCAACUCUACUCUUCCCUGUUUUUCAACACAGCGAUGGAGCAGCUCCCGGACGACGUGGUGCUGCAGGUGUUACGGCUCGUGGGCGUGGACGACCUCUUCUCGUGCCGCCUCGUGUGCAAGAGGCUCGGCGCCCUGGCCCUCCAUCCCGCAGUGUGGCGGCACCGAAGAUUCGACGGCGCCUCCUACAAGUUCUUCAUCAAAGACGGCCCCAAGAAGAUGUGUCGGCUGCUGCGCCUGGCGCCGCGCCUGGCCUCGAUGACCGUCUCCGUCAAAUCGACACCAGACCACCACCUCGCGCUGUACGCCACGACCAGGUGCGCGGUGCGUCGACUCAACUUGAGAGUGGCGGAGGCCGGCGGCGUGCCCGCCGCACUCAUCGUGCGCAACCAGGAGGCGCUCGGCCAGCUGAAGAUCGUCGAGGUCACGUUCUGCACAACGUGGGCCGACGCCGCCGUGCUCCUCGGGGCAUUGGCGUCGACGUCCGUCGAGAAGCUCGAUGUCCAGAGCUUCCGUCUGAUGGGCGGACUCUCCGCGGGCAGCAUGCACACUUCUGUGGCCCGGCCGUCCCUCAAGUACUUCAAGUGCCUUCUCAGCUCAAAGUCACAGCCCUUCGUCGACCUGGUGCUGGCGGGGCACGCGGCUACUCUGGAGGAGGUCCACCUCGGAGAUGAUGAUGAUCACAUCACGAUCUCGACGGGGUUGUUGCCCGCCUCUAUGCCCAAGCUCCGAGAGCUCACCUGCUCGCUGCUCCCCGGCAUGGAGACCCUAGCGCCGUCACUGACGAACGUGACGCUGCACGUGACGCCCGACAUGCGACCAGGAGUCCUCGGCGCCACGGAGAUGCUGCGGCGCGCCCCCAAGCUCCGCGUGCUCACCCUGAAGUACCGGCCCGCGGCCCGCACCUCGGCUUACGUCGGGGUCGAUCUGGUCGAGGCCCUGGGCCUGGGGUGUUCGGGACGGUCCGUCGUGGAGGUGCUGGACAUCGACAACGAUUACGAGAACGAGCGCGAGGGCGAAGAGAACGACGACGGGGUGGAGUUCCUCCCUCAGCUGCAGCCGCUGGUCAGGACGCUUCCCCUUCUACCGUCCCUGCGGCACCUCGAGCUGAGUGUGUAUGUCCCUCCGGACCCCCUUGUCGGUCCCCAAACAGGGGCCAUUCAGUCCCCACGAGCGUACUGUUCCGGGCGCAUGGAGACUGGUCUCAAACACGCCCAAAAGUGACGUAAAAACGCCCUCCGUGUGCCCUGGUCCCGUCCCUUAGUGGGAGGGGACUAGUGCGCAAACAGUGACCGUGCGCCGAGCCGAGCGUACUAAAAGCGUACUAGUCCCCUUUUGCCUGAAACAAAAAUUAAAUCGGCGCGAGGACUCAUUGCGUACUAGUCCCAUUUCCGUCUGCGCUCUCGGUUCCUACAG